AUUUAAAUAUAAUCUAUAAUUCAUUAAAUACCAAAUGUAGAUCAUAAACUUCUAAAUAUUAAGUGUUUAAUUUACAGCGUUAGUUUUGAGUGUUUUUUAACAGGUGAAGACUAUUAACUCUGUUAUUCUUUUCUUACAGAUGGAGUUUAUUAAAGAAGAGACUGAAGACAUGAAGAUAAUUAUUAAAGAUGAGACUGAAGACAUGAAGAUUGAAGAUAUUGAGGAACAAACAGACCUAACAGCACUGAGAGAGGCUAGCCAUGAACUUAAUGAAAGGGAAGAAGAGAAAGAACAUAAUGAUAAACAUGAUUUCAUGACUGGGGAAAGGUCGACGCUGGCUAAAAAGACUUCCUCACGAAACAGAGUUCAAAAGACAGGAACUAAAAGAUAUUUCACCUGCCAACAGUGUGGAAAGAGUUUUGAUCAACUUAGAAACCUUCAAGUCCACAUGAGAAUUCACACUGGAGAGAAACCCUUUUCUUGUCGGCAAUGUGGAAAGAGUUACAUUCAAAAAGGAAACCUUAAAGUCCACAUGAGAAUUCACACUGGAGAAAAGCCUUACACCUGCCAACAGUGUGGAAAGAGUUUCAAUCAAAAAGGAAACCUUAAUGUCCACAUGAGAAUUCACACUGUAGAGACCCCAUUCGCCUGCGUACAGUGUGGACAGAGUUUCAGUGAAAAAGGGAGACUUGAAAUCCACUUGAGAAUUCACAAAGGAGAAAAGCCUUACACCUGUCAAGAGUGUGGAAAGAGUUUCACACAAAAAAGAAACCUUAAAGUCCACAUGAUAUCUCACACUGGAGAGAGCCCAUUCACCUGCCAACAGUGUGGAAAGAGUUUCAGUGACAAAAGAAAACUUGAAAUCCACACAAGAUCUCACACUGGAGAAAAGCCUUACACCUGCCAACAAUGUGGAAAGAGUUUCAGUGAGAAAGGAAACCUUACAGCACACAUGAGAAUUCACACUGGAGAAAAGCGUCAUACCUGUCAAGAGUGUGGAAAGAGUUUCAGACAAAAAGAAAAACUUGAAAUCCACAUGAGAAUUCACACUGGAGAAAAGCCUUACAUCUGUCAAGAGUGUGGAAAAAGUUUCAGUCAUAAAGGAAACCUUGUAGUCCACAUGAGAAUUCACACUGGAGAAAGCCCAUUCGCCUGCCAACAGUGUGGAAAGAGUUUCAGUCAAAAAUAUAAACUUAAAACCCACAUGAGAAUUCACACUGGAGAAAAGCUUUACACCUGCCAGCAAUGUGGGCAGAGUUUCAGUCAAAAAGGAGGCCUUAAGCACCACAUGAGAACUCACACUGGAGAAAAGCCUUACACCUGCACUCUGUGCGGGAAUGGCUUUACACGGGAGCAAAUCCUUAGGGAACACAUGAAUAUUCACACUGGAGAGAAGCCUUUUACAUGUGAUCAGUGUGGAAAGAGUUUCGCACAUAAAUUGUCACUUUAUUUUCACAUGAGAAUUCACACUGGAGAGAAGCCGUACAAAUGUGAUCAGUGUGGAAAGAGUUUCAGUCAAAUAGGAAACCUUAAAGACCACAUGAGAACUCACACUGGAGAAAAGCCUUACACCUGCACUCUGUGUGGGAAUGGCUUUACACGGGAACAAAUCCUUAGGGAACACAUGAAUAUUCACACUGGAGAGAAGCCUUUUACAUGUGAUCAGUGUGGAAAGAGUUUCACAUAUAAAUUGUCACUUUAUUUUCACAUGAGAAUUCACACUGGAGAGAAGCCAUACAAAUGUGAUCAGUGUGGAAAGAGUUUCACACGAAAAUCGUCACUUCAUUGUCACAUGAAAAUUCACACUGGAGAGAAGCCAUUCAUGUGUGAUCAGUGUGGAAAGAGUUUCAGAUUCAUGGGUAACCUUAGGGACCACAUGAGGAUUCACUCGAAAGAGAGCUGUUUUAGAAGUCGUCACUCUGGAAAGAGCAGAGGUGUAAAGAGUACCUGAAAACCAUACUUGAAUAAAAGUACAGAUACCUUAUCUGCCUCAUCUCCUAAAUCAAACACCUGCGAUUCACAACUAACUGCUAAUACACUUGCAUUCAUGUAAAGUAGCCUUGUUGGCAAGUUUGGGUGAGUAAAGGAAAACAUACAAGAUAUAGUACCUACAAUGCCUUCUUUAUAGCAGAAACUGCUGCAGAAAGUUAGGUGCCAUGCAAAAUGUAAUGUAAUUAUUGGAGUAAAACAUACAUUUACUUGUUCAUAAAUGUAGUCAAGUAAAGAGUAAAAGUUGCUAAUAUCCUGAUACAAAGUAGCCAAAAAGAUACUUAAGUACAGUAACUAAUAGCAUUUACUCAAACACUUUACACCACUGGGAAAUAGUUCCACAGACAGUUUCCGUAACUGGCAGAUUUAAAGAAAAUUACCGCAGUUUGGCAAAUAAAUUACGGACAGUUACAAACACAUUACCAAUCAUGUAGGCUUUAAAUAUAAAGCUUAUGUUUAAAUGUUUUUCCACUUGUGUGAGCAACAUAAUAUAUAGGUCAAAAGUAUUAGUUCAUACAGGGUUCCCACGGGUCAUGGAAUUUUUAAAUUUCUAUUCCGCACAUUCAAAGUCAGGAAAUGUUAUAAUUUUUUGUCCAAGUCAUGGAAUAUCAGGGAUUUUUGUUUGUUGCUUUAAAUUUUAGUUUCCAUUUAUCAAAAUGUAUUCUAUACCUUAUUUUUUGUUUUUUGUCACGUUGUUUCACUCGUUUUGUAUUGUAGUGGUUAGGCUAUUUUUCAGCGCCAUUUUAUUUCCUUGAGCUCAUCAACUGGCAAUCACUUAAUCCAGGGGUCUCCAAACUCGGUCCUGGAGGGCCACUGUCCUGCAGAGUUUAGCUCCAACUUGCCUCAACACACCUGCCCAACAAAGCAAAUGGGCAUUCAUUUAAGAUUUUAGGACAAUGAUGCUGUUGUUACACACUACAUCACUUCUGGAUUCGUGGGCCACACAGUAUUAAAACUGAUGUCAAUAGAUGUCACAGACAAAAACAAUCUCAUUCAUGCAACUAAAGUUCAUGUGGGGUUCUCUGCAGACAAAAUGCUGAAGGAACUGGUGUCAUCACAGAAGAUCAGUGAGAAGAGUGUUAUAGUUCAGGAUGGAUUGCAGAAAGUGCUUACUGACACUUGCAGGGAAAUUACAAGAAAAAUCUCCACUUGUGUGCAACAUGGAUUGCCUAGAUCCAGGGAGGAUGGCAAGCAAUAAAGAUUCAUCAUGCAUCAACAAGUUGAAAAACAUCCUCAAACUGCUCAGUGAGACCAAACAAGUGCAAUGAUAUUCUCAAACAGUACAGGAAGUUCAUCAAUAAGACUGCUGAAGAGAAGGGCAGAUUUCACUGACUUCAAUCCCAUCACAGGUCAGGUAGAUACCCUAUUCUAUAAUAAGUCAAGAGAAAAGGUGUACGAAACACUGUGAAAUGUUGUGGCACUCCUCCUAAUUUUAAGUGUUAGAAACUUUUCUGCAACCUCUUCGAUGGGUUCGAAGGGAGCCAUAGAAAGGCCCUGAAGCACAGUGGCCAAAUCCCAUGCUGGAACUCUCAUGCGUACUGCAGGUCUCAUCCUCAAAGUGCCACGAAGGAAACGAGUAAUUAGAGGGUGUCUCCCCAAAGAAACCCCACUUAAAGGAGCGUGGUAAGCAGCUAAGGCCGCCACGUACACCUUCAGUGUGGAGGGGGAUAACCCUGCAGAAAAUCUCUCCUGUAGGAAGUCCAGCACCACACUAACCGGGCAGUUAACUGGAUCCCACUGAUGAUUUUCACACCAGGAAGUGAAUAAUCUCCACUUCAAGGCGUAGAGUUUCCUCGUGGAUGGAGCUCUGGACUGGAGUAUGGUCUCAACAACCUCAGUUGAGAGACCGGAAUCUAUGAGACGUGCCCCCUCAGAGGCCACGCCCACAAAGAGAACCGUCUAGGAGAGAGACCAGGUCCGAAAACCAUAUCCGAGUCGGCCAGAACGGGGCUACUAAUAAUAGACGGGCCCCGUUCCGGCGAACUCUGUCCAGAACCCCUGGGAGCAGAGCGAUCGGGGGAAAUGCGUACAGCGGUAGCCUCGGCCACGGCUGUACCAUAGCGUCCUGCCCGAGAGGUGCUGGGUGAGUUAUGGAGAACCACAGUGGACAGUGAGUCGUCCCUCGAGACGCAAACAGAUCCACCCUGGCUUCGCUGUAGUUCUCCCAAAGAGUCUUCACCACAUCCGGAUGAAGUCUCCAUUCCCCGGGCCUCGGCCCCUGCCUCGACAGGAUGUCUGCUCCCACAUUUUGGUACCCAGGGAUGUAAACUGCUCUGAGGGAUAACAUGAAGAUGAUUAUCUGUCUGGCAUAGCCGCUCGCUCUAACGUUAACUUAGAUAAAUGUUCACUAUUAUAUUCAAGGGCAAAUUCCAAACGGCAUUUUUGAGCCCUUGAAGGGCACUUUGAGAAAAGGACGCCAUUAGUGUUUCGAACGAAAAUGAACAACUGAAUCCAUUUACUAAGGGCCUAUUAGUGAAGGGUACAUGCAGUAGUCACUGAGAGGAAGUAAUCUUAUCAUUUAUGGUCAUGUGACCCAGCGAAUACUAGUGAUUAUUUUUUAAACUUGGAUGACGGGAGAGUUGGGGUGUGACAGUAUGGGAUUUUUUUCAGACUGGUUGUAUUUUUGAAAGCUUCUGACAACAACAGGGCUGGCACAGUGUUUGACCAGUUUGUUCAAGCCACAGCUAGGUAUGGGGUUCCAUCUCGAGUUAGAUGUGACCAUGGAGGAGAAAACAAUACAGUUUGUUUGUUUAUUAAUAUCUAUCGUGGAUCUGAGAGAGUAAGUGCCAUCCGUGGUAGAAGUGUGCACAACCAAAGAAUCGAGAGACUUUGGGGAGAUCUUUGGUGGGGCAUGACUAAUGUGUACCACCAGCUUUUCUCCUUUCUCAUUGACUGUACCAACGAGCUACACAUGUGAGAUCCAGGAGGGCCACAGUUCAGCAGAAUAAAGCUACAACCCUACUCAAACACAUAUAAAUCAGGACAAAGAUUCAACUGAGAAAGCUUCAGUGCCACAUCAUAUUGACAUAUGCCAAAAUUAUGUACUGCAAUUUGCAUGUCUCAGUCAGUUUCUUCAGAAUGGUUACAGAGCUGUGAUGACAAUGCAGCUUAUCAGUUUUUUUAUUGGCCAAACUCUUAUUAUAUCUCAUUACUUCAGUCCCUUUUAUUGUUACUAAUUUUAAACCUCUUUUCUUGUAUUCUUACUGUUAAUUCAAACGCAGUGUGAUUUACUAUCAUUGCAUUCCAAGUGGCAAUAAAAAUGUCUCCAAAGGGCCCUUUUGAAUGGAGAAAUAUCAUGACAACAAUGUUGAAAAACUGAUUCAAAAUUAAGUAUAAAAAAAUAAUGAUCUUGUGUACACUUAUGUAUAUUCAAAUGUUAUUUUUACUUGAGUACAUCAAAUCACAUUUUUAAAAGUGAUUGAUUAAUUAAAUGUGUAUUAAACUAGAUUUUUUUAAAAAGUUACCUUUUUAUUUAUUGUGGAUAUUCGUCAAUUAACUAUUUACCACGACUUUAUAGAUGGGUCAAGCUGUAAAGUCAUUAAAGGAACUGUUGAAAGGAGAUGAGAAGAACCCAAAUGAACUGAGUGAGCAAGAAAACCGUGUCAGAUGGAUCUGACCUGGAUGCAAGACCAGUUCAAAAACAGCCUGGGACUGCUCAAACUGAUACGUGUCAUGAAAAGAGUGUUUUUACAACAA